AUGUUUACAUACUGGUUUGAUGCAACUUCAGCACAUUAUAUUUUUACUCGACUUAUUCUUCUGGCUUUAUUAUUAUUAUUUAAUAAAAAUGAUGAAUUAUUAUUAACAUAUUUAAAUGAAGAUGGUAUGAGUAUUGAAUCUGGAUGGUAUUGUCCAAUUAUUCCAAGUGUUCUUGUUAAUGAUACACAUAGUAUUGGUACUGGUUAUUCAACUGAUAUGCCAUCUUGUAAUCCAUUAACAUAA